CGGACCUUCAGCCAAACAGUUCAAGUGCAAAUGUCAAAAAGAAUGCUAAGCAAAGUGAGCGCAGCGAUUUUAAUUUUAACGGUAAUUUUCUACCAGGCAGCAGCAGCGCCACAGGAUACGGUGGACGCGCCUGCUUCACCAGAGGGUCGCGCCAGCGAUAUCGAUGAGAGCGAUAUCGAAGAGCGCGCUUUGAAUUUUCUAAACGUGAACAACUGGAAUGAGCAGGCCAUCGAUAGCCGUUAUAAUGGCGCCGAUGCGACCGCUUUGGCCUAUGCUUUGAAUAGAAUCUACACUGGUACGGCCGCAUCCUACAAGAAGAUGGUCAAGUUGCAAUUGUAUUUGUUCCAGAAAUUCGACGAUGCCGGCGAUGUGAAUGACAAAUACUAUUUCAAUGUGGCAUACUACUUUUUGAAUAUCAGAAAGAACAAAUACUACAACAGUUUGACCAACGAACAGAAGCGCAAAUUGAACGAAUACAAAAGCUAUCUGCCGCCAUCGCUCGACUUUAUCUUCUUCCAGCCAAACUUUUGCUUGAUGAAUCGCAAAUACUUGCAACACAUGUAUGCCGCCGACAGGGCCAUUGAUGGCCAACGUGAUUAUAUUUUCGUCUUUACAAACAAUAACAACAAUGUUAAUAAACGCCCUUGGACAACGCAAGUGACCGAUGUGUCCAACGAUCGGCAGACGAAAUUGAAAUUCACGCUCAAACACAAUCAAUCGAAACGCGUCGCUUAUUUGGAGCGCAACAGCUACAAUGGCCAGUCUAAUAUGGUGGCCGCUUGGCACUCUAGCUUCCAGCAACCCAACAAUGCCGACUGGACUGUGGAGCUCUACCAAAAUCAGCUGAUAUUUAAGCAGAAUGGACGCCUCAUCUGUGCCAGUGACUCGAUGUACAACAACAACCGACGUUACGUGUUUGGGCAGGGCGGACAUGGAAAUGGCAAUAACGCACCAGAAUGUCAGUGGUAUGCCAAGGAGUGUCCAUGAGGAGAGUGUGAUAGAAAAGUUAGUGCAUACAGACACACACACACAUCGAAAGGAACUGGUAAAUGUAAAAAUGUAAUAGACAAAGCCGAAUAAAAUGAAAUUAAAAUUGCAAACGAAAAA